AUUGUAUGGUUUUCAAUUCCUUAACUGAAGGUCGUACCAGUGAAUUAUUUAGUAGGUAUCACCUUUCAACUUAAUAAAUUCAGUAGCACGUUAUUCGAUCAAAAUGUCUCGCGAAUUUGUUUGUGAAUUAGAUGCCCUCACCAAAGCCACUCUACAAGUCUACUUCUUGCGAAAUGUAAAGAAUGUUGAAGAGAUCAGAACCAACAUUAUCACCGCUGCCUGGAAAUGUGCUGUCAUAAAGGCUAGUGUAAUAUUGGACCCAUUUCAAAUUGCCGUGGCUGCAAAUCGAGCAGUUGUUUCAGAACAGCAUAAAGCCCUAGUAACUAGGACAGUGUUUGCCGAAAUUCUUUUUAAUUUAUCCCUCAGCAAAAAUAUAAGUCAAAGUCUUAGCAAGUUUGGUAUUGAAAACAAUCAUGAUCUUUUAGUAUGUUUUAUAAAGACACCAUUUACAGAUUGUGCAGAAGAAAUAUUGUCAAAAAUCAAUGGAGAUAUAUGUCCACUGAGUGAACUCAAAGAUGUCACUGAUAUUAAACAAAUCAAAACUUUGUAUAAUUUACAUGACAUAAAAUGCGAAUUAGAUUUGUUAGAUAUCAUUGUAAGCAAAAUGGUCACUAAGAGUUUUGUUUCUAAAUAAAUUUUUAAUAUUUA